AUUAAAAACACUUAUAAAAAAUUAGAAGUAUAGUUUGAACAAAAAAUAACUCAAUAGCCACCCUCAAACUAUAUCAACUAUCUCACCAAAAAAUUUAUAUUUAAGAUCUUUCGUUUUGAGUGGUAAUUUCUGUCACAUAACACAAUAAGAUUUGUAUAAAAAAUAAAUAAAAACAUCAAAUUCAAACAAAAAUGUCAACCAAACUACCACUAAAACCAAACUAUUCUUCAAUAUUUUGGUCGUCAUUCUUGUUCGUAUAACAAAAAGUAAGACUCACUUUAAUUUCUCCUUCUCUAUCCACCUCCCGCUUAACUCCCUUCAAAUUCUUCCCAUCUCUCCCCUAUGUUCAUCCAUUUGAAACCUAAUUAAUAACCAAAUGUUUACCGAAAUAGAUUUUGAUACAUCUAACUCUUCCCGAACAUCGAAUUAUGAACAACAAUGUCAACCAAACUAUCCUUAAAUAUUUUGGUCGUCAUUCUUGUUCGUAUAACAAAAAGCAAGACCCGCUUUAAUCUCUCCUUCUCUUCCUACCUCCCGCUUAACUCCCUUCAAAUUCAUCUCAUCUCUCCCUAUGUUCAUCCAUUUGAAACCUAAUUAAUAACCAAAAUUUUACCGAAAUAGAUUUUGAUACAUCUAACUCGUCCCGAAUAUCCCUCCAUGUUCAUCCCAUCUUAGACCUUUGAUCCCCCGCAGGAACAACAUUCAAUGCUCUGUUUUCUUCCGCUUGAAGGAAAAACACAAAGAAACUCUUGAAUAGCAUAUUCUUCUUACUUUUUUUUUACUCAUCCCCUUCAACAAUCCUAAAAACUUUACAUAUUUUUGUUCACGAUUGUUUGAUCAUCAAACAAUCUACUCGAAAAAAUCAGUAUAUCCAUGAAAGAAAAUAUGGAAGAUGACCAAAAUCAAGAAAUUAUUGCUUCUUGUACCUGAUCAUCGUUAUCAUCAUCAUCAUCACGAGUAUACACAUUCUUUCAUUAUCUCUUUUUACUCUCGUGAAAUACCUUUGUUCAUCAAAUUGAUUCAUUCGAAUUCAAAUUUAGUCCUCCUCCCUUGCUUUUCCUUCUUACCAUUUUUCUUUUGGUAUAUGUACUUGUACCAAUGCCUGUGGGCGACCCAAGUUCAGGCCAAUUCUACAUAUGGAUCAUAUCAAUCGUCUUGUUCAUGGCCGUGACUCUCGGCGGGAGCUUCCUCAUAAUGUAUCUGAUCCUUCCGCCCACCCCUUCAACGGAAUGGCUUCCCGUCGCCGGGGUCUCCCUCGUUUGCCUGCCAUGGGGAUUUUGGUUCGUCACUUGCGUCUAUCGUGUCCUAUCUCGUACCUUUGGGUUUAGGGUAGUCAUUGGUGGUGGCGGAGGAGGAGGGGGAGGCAGCGAAAAUAAUACCGACAAUAUCGGCAUUAGCGGUAGUGGGUCGGAAUCGUCUAAAGAUCUUAUGGGAGAUUCGAAAGAGGAGGCAAACGACCCAAACAAAGAUCAUCAUCAGUUUGUCGGAAACGUGGGAGAAAAUGGCGAAAAUGAUAAGGAAGGUGGUCACGGAAUCAAGCGAACUUCGAGUUCUGCCAAUGGUGUUGUUGUUGGUUCCAACGAAAGUGAAAUGCCAUUGACAUCUGGUGUUAAAUCUUGAUGUUACAUAAUAUAGGUUCUUUAAAAUCCUUUUGUAUGAUGUAACGUUGUUUUGUUUCCUUCCACCUUUUGGGUUGUGUCAUGUAAUUUUAUAUGCCAUGAUCUCUUGUUUUUCUAUUCAUAAAGUUAUUGUCUAGUGCUAGUUUAGAGCUUAUAGUGUUGACUGUUGAGCACAUAUAAAAGGACAUAUUAUUUUUUAAGAUUAGUAGAUAUUAAUUUACUUUGUAUAUUGUUUGUUUUAAUACUAGUAUGAUUCUAUUUUGCUCACAUCCUCAAGUUAGACAUUCACAACUUGCUAGCGUACUUAUUCUUAUUGAACCUAGGCUAACUAAAAUGUAAAUUAGGCG